AUGGCCAUGGAAGUUCCAACGACACUUGAGCAGUGGUUUUCCCUGCGCGAAGACGUCAAGCAAACAACCAUACUAACGCGAACUCCAACGCAAACAAUUGAACUCCGGAUUUGCGCCAUCUUGACCUUCAUUAGUGGAUUACUCUACGCAUUAAGCUUCUUCAAGCGACGAAGCAGAGGCGCCUGGGUUUUCAAAAAAGACAAUGAAGGAUACUGGCAUCCUAAUGUACACACAACGCUCCCAAUUUCUGCGGUGCUCUAUGUCAUCUUGGACGUGAGUGCCGUGAUAUUUAUAGAAAUGAAUCUGGGACAUCCGAUCGACCCGAUCCCCGUAGCCAUGCAACUGGUAGCGUACCAGACACUUCAAGUUUUUGCGUGGUUGAAAAUCUGGGCCGUUUUGUAUGCUCUCCUCUUUUCACGGCAACGGCUAUCAGUAAACGCGGUUCACUUGUCCAAAACUCGAAGACUUGUGUCACCCCAGAUAUUCAAUGCCUUCAACUCAUUGAUUAUCAUCACGGUCAUUCUCGGGCAGCUCCCGUUGAUUUAUUUUCUAUGCUCAGCGAUCCAGAAAUUCAGGCAUCAAGUAAAUGCCAUGGCCUUGUCGUUUCAGCAGGUGAUUGAUGUUUCGCCUGAAGACGAUACCACGGCCAUCUAUGAUGCUGCUUUACAAACAUUCUUGGAAAUGGGCUUGAUGAAAAAGCAAGCAAACAAAGCAGACUUGCUAUUCAAAAUCUACACCAUUUUCAUCAUGGUCUGGAUGUGCUUCAACAUGAUGGUAUACCUCACAUCCACGAGCUUCUUACUGCACGCUUUGGGAUCGCAAAAAAACUUUCUCACCUCCGCAUUGGAAAACCGCAAAGCGCUCAAACUCAUUCAACAACACGAGCAGGAAGAUAUAGAUAGUCGACAUUCCAUUACUAGCUGGAUGAUUGAGUCUCCUUCAAGUCCUACAUUCCCGAACCACGAGGUGACUAAAUCGUCGUCAAAACAUAAGAGUUUCAAUCCUUGGACUUGGAGAUCGUGGAUUGAUUUCGCUAAUGACGAGAGCCUCAACGGACACGUGUUCUGGGACCGAAUCCAUCACUUGGAUGCCUCAGUGCAUGUACCAACGUCUCCAUUGGAUGACACGUUUCGGAUCGACGAAAAAGGCGAACCUUACGUGUGCCCCAAUGAUGCGGCACUCGAGAAACACUGUACAACUUUGAUUCGAUACUGGCAUUCUACCUUGUGGCAAACUAUUAUUGGUUUGGGAAUGUUUGCUUCUUACUUAGUAAUGGCUGGAUGGUUAUUGAGCCAAUGGGCUCGUUCGACUAGCCAAGACAAGCUGAUUCAAGCGUUCGUAUGGUCCAACUGGACAUGGGGAGGUGGAUCAGGACUUCUUUUGGGAAUAGUUGCUUGCAUUGUGGCCUUCUCGCCCACACCGACACUUCCAAGUGAUAUAAAGCCUGAAAAUUCCGGUACCUCCAAAUUCAAAUCGCCCCCAUCGAAAGGAAAUACCGAAUCACGCGAAAUGGCCGAAGCGAAAUUUCCAGAAGGUGGCCCUGUAAGAGGUGCUGUAGAGACGCUGCCAGCUCUGGGAUCGAAGGCUCCCCGUCUGGAAGAAAACUUGAGUAUUGGCAGAUUGGAAUGGCCCAGGCCGUCGCAUGAUUUCAUUCGAACCGAAAAAAACCAAUCAAGCCUAGACCGGCAAAUAUCCAAUUCAUCCACAUACUCCUCAUGCAGUCGUGCGACCGCUCGUGAAGGAUUUCUGCGUAAGGACUCAGCGGAAAAAAUGGAUUGGUUAAAACUAGACACCUUGGAAAAAGAAGAUCUGGUUGAAGACGAAUGGAGUGGUGGGCACUUCAAAGCUAUCCAACGUUUACGAGAUUUACGUCGCUCGGAUAUACGAUCGACAAGAUUUUCUCAAAGAGCAAGAAGCCGAAUUCUUUAG